CUCGCGGGUUCGGAGCCGCCCGCUGAGGUCAGAAGGAGGCGUCUGCGCCGACCUGGGCCCUGCACGCCAGAGCCGGAGUCGGAGCCGAGGGGAGCAGAGGUCGGAGCCCGAGCCCGAACCGAGCCGAGCCGGAGCCCGAGCGAGCGGCGGAGACCGUGGCCCCGCCUCGGCCCCGCGCCGCCGCGGCCAGGCCCGGCAUGGAGGAGGAGUGCCGGGUGCUCUCCAUACAGAGCCACGUCGUCCGCGGCUACGUGGGCAACCGGGCGGCCACGUUCCCGCUGCAGGUUUUGGGAUUUGAGGUCGAUGCGGUGAACUCUGUCCAGUUUUCAAACCACACAGGCUAUGCCCACUGGAAGGGCCAAGUGCUGAAUUCAGAUGAGCUGCAGGAGUUGUACGAAGGCCUGAAGCUGAACAACGUGAAUAAAUAUGACUACGUGCUCACAGGUUAUACGAGGGACAAGUCGUUCCUGGCCAUGGUGGUGGACAUUGUGCGGGAGCUGAAACAGCAGAACCCCAGGCUGGUAUACGUGUGUGAUCCAGUCUUGGGUGACAAGAGGGAUGGCGAAGGCUCGAUGUAUGUCCCGGAGGACCUCCUUCCCGUCUACAAAGAAAAAGUGGUGCCGGUUGCAGACAUUAUCACGCCCAACGAGUUUGAGGCCGAGUUACUGAGUGGCCGGAAGAUCCACAGCCAGGAGGAAGCCUUGGCGGUGAUGGACAUGCUGCACUCUAUGGGCCCCGACACCGUGGUCAUCACCAGCUCCAACCUGCCCUCCCCGCAGGGCAGCGACUACCUGAUUGUCCUGGGGAGCCAGAGGAGGAGGAAUCCCGCUGGCUCUGUGGUGAUGGAACGCAUCCGGAUGGACAUUCGCAAGGUGGACGCCGUCUUUGUGGGCACUGGGGACCUGUUUGCUGCCAUGCUCCUGGCGUGGACACACAAGCACCCCAAUAACCUCAAGGUGGCCUGUGAGAAGACCGUGUCUGCCUUGCACCACGUUCUGCAGAGGACCAUCCAGUGUGCAAAAGCCCAGGCCGGGGAAGGAGUGAAGCCCAGCCCCAUGCAGCUGGAGCUGCGGAUGGUGCAGAGCAAAAGUGAAAUCGAGGACCCGGAGAUCGUCGUCCAGGCCACGGUGCUGUGAGGGCCGCGCCGCUCACCCAUGAUGCGCAGCACGUUGGUGUCUCCAUGUUUGUCCCUGUGAAAACAUGUAACGUCUGCCUUAGAGCCAUGACCGAAACUUGAUAUUUUUUUCUUUCAUGAGUGUCUGGCAUCUGCUGGUCUUCAUUGUGAAAUGUGCCAGUCGUGCUUUGUGAAAAUAACAAAGCGGUCACAGAA